GCGUCGAAGGUGAGUUAGAAUACUGUACUUUCAAAAAGACAAUGGAUACAUUUCCAAAGAACAAUUAGUUACUUUUAUAACGUACGAGUCGAAAACGAGUUAAACCGAUGUCAUGUCGUCACACAGACGUUCCUACGAUAUAAGACACGGAAGUGAGUAGAUACACGCACACACAGUCAAUUAACUGGUUGUUUGUAUUUAAUUAUAAAUUGUCACAAAUUUUAUGGAGAAAUAAAAUAUUAAUCUAAAUUAAUUGAAUAUUCACGGUGAUAUUACUGUAAUAUGUUUUGAAGGUUGGAUUUUGAACCGGAAAUGAAGAUGUCCUUUAUUUUGAAAGACAGCCGCGUCGAAGGUGAGUUAGAAUACUAUACUUUAAAAAAUACAAUGGAUACAUUUCCAAAGAACAACUUUGAUAACGAAGACAAGUUAAACCGAUGUCAUGUCGUCACACAGACGUUCAUACGAUACAAGACAUAAAGAAAACAAAGACAAGGAGAAAAAGACCCACGCCAAGACCAAGACCAAGACCCGCCAUGCCAAGACCAAGACCAAGACCCGCCAUGCCAAGACCAAGACCCGCCAUGCCAAGACCAAGACCCGCCAUGCCAAGACCAAGACCAAGACCCGCCAUGCCAAGACCAAGACCCGCCAUGCCAAGACCAAGACCCGCCAUGCCAAGACCAAGACCAAGACCCACGCCGAGCUUCGCCGCCUGACGCGCCACGCCGAGCUUCGCCGCCUGACUCACCACGCCAAGCCACGCCUGCCACGAUGACGACGCGCCUGCCUCCUUGUCAGCUACGGAUAUGGCCGCUACCUGGUCGCCCGCCACGCCAAGUGCGCCCACCUCCCAGUCGGCCACGAAUGUGGCCAAUCCCUGAGCGCCUGCCUCGCCUGCUGCAGCGGCGUUCCACUCGCCGCCGCCACUUGACUUUGCCUCGGUGGAUUCGGGGCCACUUGGGCUGGCGACCCACCGCCAUGUCCCCCUCCCGCCCUCCCAUGACUCUUGUUAAUUUUUUCUUUUCUUUUUGGACAUCUGGUAUCUGUCCUUAAGGGAGGGGCUCUGUCAUGUCUGUGUGAUCAUGUUUUUGUUUUGGUCAUGUUCGUUUUGGUUUUUGAACUUCUUGUGCACUUUUGUUUUGUCACCAUAGCAACCAUUAGUUUUCGCCUGUCACGUCACGCACCUGUUUCAGGUUUUGAGUCACGCACCUGCUUUCACUAAUCAUGUCCAUAGUAUUUAAGUUCAUUCUUUUCAGUUUGUCAUUCUGACGACAUCUCCAUAUUUAUGCUUCUGCACACUCUCCACACGCUUUUUGUUUAUUAAGCCACAGUUAGUGUUUUUUGUUGUUCAUAGUUUUUGCCUUUGUGCAAGUGCUUGGUUUCAUAGUUUGUUCUCCGCCAUUGUGCGCGCCUUUUGUUUACUUCCUUGUUUUGUAUUUAUAGUCUUUAAAUAAAAAAUGUACACACAUUCCCGUCUCGCCCGAGCCAACUUUCCGUUGCAUCCCGGAAAAGCUAACACCCAAGACUAAGUCUUGACAUAAACUUUGAUUGAUUGAUUGAAUUGAUCAUAAAUUA